GCUGUUCUCCUGUCCCUAUAUCUUGCCUCGGAGCCCUUCCGUGUAACACAAAUAUCAUCCUUUGUUUCUCCGUUUAUACCCUUUCGUGCAAACAUGGGUGGCGGUGACGGAUACAAGUCCGUGGCGUACUUUGUCAACUGGGCCAUCUACGGCCGCAAUCACCAACCGCAAGACCUUCCAGCUGAAAGGCUGACCCACGUCCUCUAUGCGUUUGCCAACGUGCGGCCGGACAGCGGCGAAGUAUACAUGACGGACAGCUGGUCCGACGUCGAGAAGCACUACCCAGGCGACUCAUGGAACGACGUAGGCAACAACGUCUACGGCUGCAUCAAGCAGCUCUACCUGCUCAAGAAGCGCAACCGCAAGCUCAAGCUGCUGCUCAGCAUCGGCGGGUGGACGUACUCGCCCAACUUUGCGUCCGCGGCAGCAACGGACGCAGGGCGCAAGCGCUUCGCGCAGACGUCGGUGCAGCUGCUCAAGGACCUCGGGCUCGACGGCCUCGACGUCGACUGGGAGUACCCGCAAGACGACGUGCAGGCGCAGAACUGGGUGCUGCUGCUGCGCGAGUGCCGGCAGGCGCUGGACGCGUACGCAGAUGAGCUCGCGCGCCGCCAACAGCAAGGCCAAGGGCUGCGCCCGCGCUUCCUGCUGUCGAUCGCCGCGCCCGCCGGCCCGCAGAACUACCAGCGCCUGCACCUCGCCGCCAUGGCGCCGCUGCUCGACUUCAUCAACCUAAUGGCGUACGACUUUGCCGGCAGCUGGGACAGCAACGCCGGACACCAGGCGAACCUCUGGCCCUGUCGCAGCAACCCCCAGUGCACCCCGUUCAACGCCCACCAGGCCGUCGCCUGGUACCUGAGCCACAGCGUCCCCGCCCACAAGCUCAUCCUCGGCAUGCCGCUGUACGGCCGCGCGUUCCAGGGCACUGCUGGCCCCGGCCACCCCUACCAGGGCGUCGGCGAGGGCAGCUGGGAGAACGGCGUCUGGGACUACAAGGCCCUGCCCCGCCCCGGCGCCCAGGAGUACUUUGACUCCGAGGCCGGUGCGAGCUACUGCUUGAACCCGGCGAACGGCCUCAUGGUGUCGUAUGACAACAAGCCGAUGGCGAUCCAGAAGGUCGACUAUCUGCGCCAGAACCACCUCGGCGGCGCCAUGUGGUGGGAGUCGUCGUCGGACAAGGCCGGCGAAGAGAGUCUCAUUAAGACGGUUGUCGACCGCAUCGGUGGCUACAAUGGCGGCUUGCUCGAUAACCAGGACAACGUGCUGACGUACCCGGACUCGAAAUACGAGAACUUGAGGAAAGGCAUGCCGGGCGAGUAAGAGCGUAGAAUAGUCGAUGAGAAGAGAAAGAGGAAGAUGCAAAUUAAGGCGAAGGAGAAGACAUUAUGAAGAGAAGAGGUAGCACCAGCACACUUACUCACUAGAGCCACCUAGCACCAGCACGUGCUGUGUUGUAUGUACACGAAGUAGGCAUGUACGCGUGUAACGGCGUUCCCGGCGAUCGUCUUCAUGAUGAAUAAAGAAUGAACAAACUAGUCCUUUCCUC